CAAAAUCUCAGUACAGAAUGAAAAUUGCUUCUGGGAAGCGCGUUUUUCCUCGACAGCGACGCGAUCAUUCACCACAAACAGUUCGGAACGCAUCGAAACCAAUCGAGUGUAUGAUAAUAUCGGUGACAGUCUUGUGAUCAUUUGUUGGUGUUAACCUCUCUGGACGCUUUGGAAGACUGCAUGAUCUGUGGUGGUAAUUUCAGCAAAUAUGUCCGUAGAAGGAACAAAUUUGAACCAAGUGACAGUUCCAUCAAAAUAAGAAAAUUGUGUGUUUGAUUUUGGGAGGGUGUGAGAAAAGAAGCACCAAUACACAAACGAGCGCUUCUGUGACGGGAGAAAACUUGCACGAUUUGUGAGAGGAAAACGUGCUUCGAAUGCUGGUGAGGGAAAAACGAUCGCAGAUGUAGAGAUAUGCUGUAAUACAUACCGCAUACCGAUUCGAAAGCGUUGAUCAGGACUGGAGAGACAGAGUGAAUUACGAGAAUGAAUCGUUUAUAUUUAGUUCAUGUUUUCGUCUGAGAAUUGGUGUUGCGAGGAAACGUGCAGAAAAACCUGACGAGUAGAACAAAUUAAUCAGAGUGGAAGCCGGAAAUUUUGUGAAUGAAUAUGAAUCGACAGCGGUCAUCGGUGCGGAGUCGUGGUUCGUCUUCGACCACAACUAGUGAUCCGCGGGAAAAGGUGAAGGACUGCUGCCGGAAAUUUGUCGCCUUUAUGUGCACCCAAGUUGGUGUCGGAGGAUUGAUUGUGGUGUACGCGUUGGUUGGAGCAGCGAGUUUUAUGUCCAUCGAGACGCAGGAGCGGAACCCAUUGGUCGAGUAUGUGGCCGUAUUGAGACGAAAUUGCGCGGCGGAACUGUGGGAUGUAACGGAGCAGCACAAUUUGUUUAACAGUUCGAUUUGGCAUUUUGAGGCAGAUUUGGUGCUGAAGCGAUACCAGGACGACUUCGCAGAGGCCAUAAAACAAGGAUACGACGGUCGAACUCCUGAAGAGGUUUGGAAUUUUCCCGCGGCGUUGAUGUUUUGUUUGGCUGUGUUCACGAUGAUCGGUUACGGAAAUAUGGUUCCUCGAACAGCUUGGGGCAAAGGCGCUACUGUGAUCUACGCUACCUUCGGGAUACCACUGUAUAUUCUGUAUUUUAUGAACAUGGGAAAAGUGCUGGCGUCUACUUUUAAGUGGCUUUACACGUGGCUCCACGAGUGCAGUCAUGCCCACGAGGAUGAUCUCAACAUCGAGGACGGGAGUCUGCCUCAACGGAAACGGAUUAUAGUUCCGACGACGGCAUGCUUGUGGGUGAUAAGUAUUUACAUCGCAACCGGAACGAUAAUGUUUGCGGAGUGGGAGAAGUGGUCCUAUCUGGAUUCCGCUUACUUUUGUGUAACCAGUUUGUGUAAAAUAGGAAUAGGUGACUUAGUGCCAGGAGCUAAUAUACUUGAUUCGCAGAGUGGGAAGCCCACCAAACUUGUGAUCAAUUUUGUUUAUAUGCUGCUCGGAAUGGGCCUGGUGGCCAUGUGUUACAUUCUGAUGCGUGAGGAAGUCAGAAUCAAGAUGCAGGAGAUCAGAGAGGAUACCCGGCUGUGCCUUGAAGAUAUGAGUUCCAAGUUUGCCAAAUGCUUCGGCACCAGUAAAGACUCCCAAUAUUAUGAUUAAAAUUCCAGUAAUUGAAAAAAAAUAUAUAAAUUUAUUUGUUAUUAAUUACUAAAUUUAAUGCGUAAUCGACAGGUUUUUGUGUGUAAUCAGAAUUAUUGAGCAAGGGAAGAGAGUUAAUAAAAACGAAAUAUAUCAAAUUGCCACCGCAGAGUUUGUUUGUGCAAGGAGCGAGAUUAAUUAUGAAUUGUUUACAUCCGGCCCGGCGGCUUAGAGCGUAAAAUCUGCCAAUCGAUCACUGGCUUGCGUUAUUAAUGCUAAUUUAGACGUUCUGGUAAAUAUAGCCGCUUCCUGCGGACGUUGCUGAUUCCCAGUUUAUUCCAGA